AUGCAGCCUUUUACGACUGGCUCCUCCUCCUAUUUGCAAGUCGGUCAGCAGUUUGCCUACCCGCAGACGUCUAUAGCGCAGAACCUCUCUUCCAGCGGCUCCAAGGGACUCCCUGGUGUGUCAGGUGUGUCAGUUCCAGGAAUUUCUGCUGUAGCUUUUCAGGCACAUCCAGGCGUGAUUAAUUCUGUUAAUCCAGCUAAUCCAGGCGUCAAUUCUUUCAAUUCUGCUAAUAGUGUCAAUCACACCAUUUUAGGAAAUCCAGGAAAUCCAGGAAAUCCAAGUAACCCAGGCAAUCCAGCUCUCGUUAAUUCAGGUAUCUCCAAUCCAGAUAUCUCCAAUCCAGGUGUCUCCAAUCCAGAUCUUGCCGAUCCAGGUAUUACCAACUCAGGGUACGCUAAUCAAGGUUUUGCAAACCAAGGUCCCACCAAUCAAGGCCCCUCCUCCAACACAAAUCUUUCCACGAGUCGCCCAGCAUCCCACGCUGCCUCUGUUGUGAGCUCUACUUCCCAUCGAGUUCCAGUGUCUCCAAACGACACUUCGCAGGCUAGUCAGAUUCCUUCGACUACACAGCAUCACCAGCCACCAGUACAAGGCGACCAAGAGUCUCUGGGUGUACCUGUGGGUGUCUCUGCUUCUCAGAAGGCACUUUCCAACUUCCAGACACUGAACGACCCCUACUCGCAGAACCUGCCGCUCUUUUCGUCGCAGGCGUAUUCGCAGUAUCCACCGCUGGCUCAACCACAGAUCCAAGCGGUACAACAGCGCCUGUUCUACCCCCAGCCUGAUCUGCCUACCCAGCAAACUCAAGACCGCAUGUCUCCCCAGGCGCCAGUGCUUCCUCCGCAGGCCCAACCUCCGCAUGCUUUGCUCCCACGCAUGCUGACGGCGCAGCCAAUGCUGCAUCCCUUCCCAACCAACGAUUACUAUGCCGCCCCCAGCGGGUUUCAGCAAGCAUCCUCGAACCUCCAACAGCAAGAGCUGCACUAUUACAUCCAGCCUCCUAUGAUCCCCUACUAUCAACAGCCUGUGUCGUCCAAUGGCCCGUCGAAUGCAAUGGGAAAUGUUAAUGUGGGAUUGGGGGCUAAUGGCGCCCUGGCUGGCGUCGUGCAUCCUCAGUACGUGUCUCUGUUGCUGAUACCAAACAGUAACAACGUGCUGCAAAACUCGGUCGCCUCGACUGCUAAUGCGGCCAUGUACCAGGCCGGCACCAACCCAUGGAGCACCCCGGCACUGUCGGUACUGACAUUACAGCUGCAACCCACACAGCAGCCACCACAACUGCAAUCGGCCCCGCUGACGCUACAACAAAGCUACCUGGGACCACUCGAGUACCCAAUGUCCGGCCAGAUUGCGUCAAUACCCAGUGGUUUGCAGUCGCACCAGACGCUGCUGCAAAGCGGCAUUCUGAUGAUGCAGCCACUGUACAACACCAGUCCCUCGCUUCUCAAGAUGAACUCGCUGCCAUAUGGACCCAAUUCACAGAAAAUGGGUGGCAUAGGCAACGUGGGUGUUGGAGGAACGUUGGGAAUGGAUCAGAUAGAUGGUAAUGGCAACCGGACACCAUACGGAAACACUGGUGGUGGAACACAUCCGUUGGCAGGCAAUAUGCCAGGAACCAUGCCUGUUGACGCAUCUCUACAGAUGCCCAGAAUGCCAGGUGCAAAGAAAAACCAAUGCCCAGUGUGUCUGAAGGUGUUCAAGCGACCAUCAUCGCUUCAGAUUCAUUUUUACAUUCAUACGGGCGUCAAGUUGUACAAGUGUGAGUGGGAAGGAUGUGGUCGUCUUUUUAACGUUAAGUCCAACAUGGCCCGACACUACAAGCUUCAUUUGAAGAAUGAUAUGAAGAACGACAAAGGCUAG